CUUUACCGUUUUGAGUGGAACAGUCGUGUGUGCAAAAUGAAAAGAAAUACUAAAGUGAAUAAAAGUCGGUGUAUGGUACUAAAGGUUGGUGGAACAGUGAUCACAGUAGUAACUGCAUUAUUGGCAUACUUAGUUGUAACAAAGGAGUAUCCACCAGUGCAAACUGACCUGGACGCUUGGUGGGGUCCCUCAAAUCUGAGAGGUCACAAUGAUACCAGCAUACGGCCUUUCAAAUUGGAGUUUAGUGAUGAGAUGAUCCAAGACUUAAGGUACCGCCUCCUGCAUUACCGUAAAGUUUCCCCAUCGCUAGAUGGCGUUGCUUUCGAAUAUGGUUUUAAUAGCAACGAAUUGCAAUCCUGGGUAAAAUAUUGGGCUGAUGAAUACCCUUACGAAGAACGGGAGAAAUUCCUCAACCGGUACCCUCAAUAUAAAACGAAUAUACAAGGAUUGGACGUGCAUUUCAUAAGAGUUACACCGCAGGUUAAAGAUAAAGAAGUAGUGCCUUUACUCAUUCUUCACGGAUGGCCAGGGUCGGUCAGGGAGUUUUAUGAAACCAUUCCUCAUCUCACUUCAGUUCACAAACAAAGGGACUUCGCAGUCGAGGUUGUCGCUCCUAGCUUGCCUGGUUUUGGAUUUUCUGACGCAGCAGUUCGACCAGGAUUGGGUGCUGUAGAAAUGGCAGUUGUGCUCAGGAAUCUUAUGCACAGGCUAGGUCACAACCGUUACUACAUCCAGGGGGGAGACUGGGGUGCAUACGUCGGACAGAGCAUUGCAACGAUAUUUCCCAAGGAAGUUCUUGGUUUCCACACUAACUUAGGACUUGCUAUAACACCUAAAGCUCUCGGUAUAACAUUCAUUAGUGCAAUUUAUCCCAGUGCUAUCGUGGAGUCGAUGCUAGCCGACCGCAUGUACCCGCUCAAAGACUAUUUAGCGUGGCUACUUUCUGAAACAGGCUAUUUACAUUUACAAGCCACCAAACCCGACACCCUUGGUAUAGCAAUGACUGAUUCUCCAAGCGGUCUUCUAGCGUACAUAUUGCAAAUCUUCUCAACGGGAACCAACAGUAAAUACAUCAGCAGACACGACGGAGGUCUAAAUCACUACCCUCGGACCCAUUUGAUAGACAAUUUAAUGUUCUACUGGAUUCCUAAUAGUAUCACGACAUCCUUCAGAAUCUACGCCGAGACGCUGAACAAAAGGAAUAUUGCUUCCCGUCUUGCUGAGACUCCAACUCCAGUGCCGACUUGGACAAUCCACGCUAAAAACGAAAUUAUGUAUCAGCCGCCAACAUUACUGAAGACGAAAUUCCCGAACCUAUUAAACUCUACAGUUCUGUUGAACGGUGGACAUUUUCUAGCCCUAGAAAAGCCUGAGAUCUUCGCUGAAGACGUUUUGAAAGCAGUAGCAUCGUUUAGGCAAUGGCAUUUGAACAAUAAGAAACAGACGCCGUAUUAGCGUUUAGAAAUAAAGUAUGUAGAAGAAAUUAGUGUCUA